UGCCAGGAGGCCCAGGUCUGAACAGCUGGAGAAGUGCAACUGAGAAACUUCAAGAUCGUUAGAGUCGCGCAUCCCUCCGUGUCCCGUGGCGUCUUUCCAAAGCGCGUUAUCGGGGGAAAGGGACAGGACCACAGGCUACCGAAGGCUGGCUUUUCUGGGCUCCGGGACGUUGAUUUUUUUUAACUCACAUUUCGCUCAGCUUGUCCUAUUGAUCUUUGUCCCCAAGUUAACAGGAAACGAAGAGGACUUUGUGGUUUUGGCAGUCCAUGACACCGGUGGAGCUGGCUGUGAGGUGCUCAUUCAGCCGUAGUUCCUGACCCUGAGCCAGAUGCUGGACGUCUCCUCCCUUGGCGAGAACCUCCGCAACUCCCAGCUACCCCCCAAAGAACUCCUUUUGUCAGGAACCCAUCAGGUGCUUCCCACCAUGGGCAAGGAGCAAGUGCAGCAAGCCGCUGGUACGGCCUGCAGCAUGGCAAAGAAGAGGCGCGUGGUGUUUGCCGACUCCAAAGGGCUCUCCCUCACGGCAGUGUGCGUCUUCACAGCCGAGGAGGUGAUCCCGUACCCCAAACUCACACUGUCACGCCAGCCAGUUACACUCAAGGAGGCGCCACCUGCUGGCUCCACCGGGCAUGACCGGGGCUCAUGGGGAAAGAGGCGGGUGCAUCUAGGCUUUCCUCAGCCCUCGUCAGACUUCCAGUCCUUCCGCGCACAGCUGCAGGGAGCCCAGGUGGCGCUGGAGAGCUGCGCCGUGACGGAACUCGCCCUCAGCGGCACGGUGCUCGUCAAGAACGUCAGCUACCGGAAGGACGUGCGGCUGCGCGUCACCUUCGACUCGUGGCGCAGUCACCGCGACGUGCCCUGCGUCUACCUACACCAAGGCUACUACACUCCGGAUACCGACACCUUCACGUUCAGCGUCCCGCUCCCCGAGAGCCUGGACCCCCAAGACCGGCUCGAGUUCUGUGUGUCCUACCUGCCGGGAGGGUAUGACACCCCUCUGUGGGAUAACAAUAGGGGACAGAACUACCGCAUUCACGUUGACCCUGAGAGUGUUGACCCGAGCAGCGAGUUGAGCCGCGCCCCCCCGACAGUUGCCUGUGCGCUUAGACACUUGGGGGCUCCACAGUGCUGGCGCUGGCGGCCUGGUUCAGAUUACCUAACACUCCCCCAUUCAUUCAGCUGCCCCGACCUCCUGAUGGGACACUGCUGGGACAUGCUGGGGAACACUGCCCCCUUCUGGUGAGAAGGACAACCCCAGCUGUCCACUCCUACAUACCUAAUACACCCUUGAAGCAACUCUGACUUUUGCUCCAACCCCUUCAAACAGCAGUUUACUAGGUUAUUGAUUUUAGAGGAACACUAUUUUCUCCCUGUAUGGUACUCAAAUAGAAACCACUCACUGCAACAUUUGUGAACUUAUUGAAAAUCUGGGGUAGCAGGAACACAACUACCCUCCAAGUCAAAAUCAGCUCUUUAGUGUUGGUCCUGCCAGAAAUUGGACACUGACAUACCCUGCUAUGUCAGCACGUGGCCACAGUCCUUUGUGCAGUUUCCUUUUUUUUUCAAAUCACUCUGUGGUUUCAUUUGAAUCCUUUUGUACUUGUGUAUAAUGGACAUUACAUUUGCAGAAACCUUCAUUUGCCCCUUCUGUUGUAAAUGAAGCAGACAAAUGUGGUGUAUAUUGCUGGUGGUUUCUCUUUUUUGUAAAUAAACUAAUUUA